GAUAAGGGACUGGUGCAGUGGUAAGGAAUAUCUGAGUAUUCAAGAGAAAUUUAAAAUGAAGUACAAGAAGUUCAUGACAGUUGUUCAUGCCGCUAUCGGAGUGGCACCGCUUAACAAGAGGGAUCUGCUGCCAGCUGGCAGGAAACUUUGGAGGCCCCCUGGGUGAGUGAAAGGAACCCAGUGAUGGAGGAGGUGUGGGAGCAGUUCACAGUGACCCUGCAGCGGGACCCAAAAAUGGGAUUUGGAAUUGCAGUCUCAGGUGGAAAGGACAAUCCAAAUGAAGAGAAUGGAGAAAUAUCUAUCAUCAUCUCAGAUGUACUGCAGGGUGGACCUGCUGAUGGCCUGUUGUUUGAGAAUGACCGAGUGAUCCUGGUGAACACUGCAUCCAUGGAGAACAUCCCUCACUCAUUUGCUGUACAGACACUACGCAAGUGUGGCAAAGUUGCCAAGAUAACAGUGAAGAGGUCACGAAGAGUCCCAGCAAGCAUUAUGCGACCUCCACCCUCCCCAGAUGAUCGUGUCUUCUCCAACCCUGACUACAACGACUAUGACCAGGACCGGCGCAGCAUGUACAGCGAGCGCACGGUCUCCGAGUACAACUAUGAGCGAAGCCGAGGCCGAACACAAGAGCGAGACGUCAGUCCUGAACGCCAGUUUCGCCGUGACGGCAGUCGAGGCCGAAUGCUGGAUCGUGACCCCAGCCCAGAGCGCCGUUCCCGGGGGGACCGUGCCAUGGACCGUGACUACAGUCCAGACCGGCGUUAUAGUAGCGACCGCACUUUAAACCGGGACUACAGCCCAGAACACCAUUACCGUCCCGAGCGCAGUCCUGAUCGACGUUACCGUAGUGAACAUGCCCUGGAUCGUGACUAUAGCCCUGACCGGCGUUACCGUAGUGAACAGGUUCUGGACCGUGCUCACAGCCCAGAGCCACGCUUCAGAGAGCGAGAAGAGAGGAGGCCUGAGCCUCGUCCAGCGGUGGUAAUACCAAAAAGGAGUGGCAGUCGAGAUCGCCUAGAUCGCUCACCUUCACCUACACCAUCUCGAGAGCAUGGACCGCUGGAGAAACCAGUCAGUGUCACACUUAAGAAGAAGAAGCCUACUGAGGAAUAUGGGCUGCGUUUGGGCAGUCAGCUCUUCAUUAAAGAGAUGACAAACACAGGAUUGGCAACUCGAGACGGAAAUCUACAGGAAGGGGACAUCAUCCUAAAGAUAAAUGGUACAGUGACAGAGAACCUGUCUCUUGGAGAUGCUGGAAAACUUAUUGAGAAAUCACGAGGAAAACUGCAGUUGGUGGUGCAGAGGGAUAAGCGUAAGGUUCUGGUUCGGAUUCCACCAAUGGCUGACAGCGAUUCAGAGCUGGACGAUCUUUCUGAGAUUGAGUCUUAUCGAUCCUACUCACCUCAGGAUGGUGGUAGGCGAGGUUACCACUCAGACGUCUCCCCACACUCCUCCAAUGAGAGACUACGAGAAAAACCUAGAGACGACCCCCCAAACAGACAGGCAAAAAAGGGUGCAAUUCCAACACCAUUCCAGGCGGCUCCUGAUGAUCUGCCCCCUCCCCCGUUGGAGCAAGACGAGCCAUUUUAUGAAGAACCUCCAGCUCCAGUGGUCACUGCUGCCCCAAAAAUCUACGUUCCACCAAAAAUCAAACAUCAGAAGGUGCCCCUAAAACCAAGCCCAGAGGACCUGGAGAUCUACGGGCCCAACACCGUGAUGGUGCGCUUCCAGAAGGGUGAGAGUGUUGGACUUAGACUGGCUGGUGGGAAUGAUGUGGGUAUCUUCAUAACAAAUGUACAGGAGGACAGUCCUGCUGAAGUAGAGGGUCUGCGCACCGGGGAUCAGAUCAUGAAGGUAAAUAACGUGGAUUUUAGAGGAAUGGUGAGAGAGGAUGCAAUACUGUGUCUGCUGGAGAUUCCUAAAGGAGAGGAUGUGACUAUACUGGCACAGAGCAAACCUGAUGUGUACAAGGACAUUGUGGCGUCAGGACGAGGGGAUAACUUCUUCAUCAGGACACAUUUCGAGUAUGAGAAAGAAACUCCACAGAGUCUGGCCUUCACCCGAGGAGAGGUCUUCAAAGUGGUGGACACACUUUACGAUGGCAAACUGGGCAGCUGGCUUGCCAUCCGCACAGACAAAGACAAUCAGCUACUGGAGAAAGGCGUCAUACCCUGCAAGAGCAGAGCCGACCAGAUGGCCAAUGUGCAAAAUGCCCAGAAAGGAUCGGCCAAUGACAGAGGGGAUUUUUGGAGGCUGAGAGGUCAAAGGGCAGCCAAGAAAAAGGACCUGCGCAAAAGCAGAGAGGAUCUGACAGCAAACCCAGUCUCCACAAAAUUCCCAGCAUAUGAGAGGGUGGUGCUGCGAGAGGCUGGGUUCAGAAGACCCGUGGUUCUUUUUGGCCCAAUUGCAGAUGUUGCAAGCGAGAAACUAGCUAAUGAGCUGCCUGAUGAAUUUGUUGUUGCAAAAAGAGAACCCAAAGAUGCAGGAUCAGAGAAAUCCUCAGGAGUGGUGAGACUAAACACUGUCCAGCAGAUUAUUGAACAGGAUAAGCAUGCUCUCCUCGAUGUCACUCCCAAAGCUGUAGACACUCUGAACUACACUCAAUGGUACCCCAUUGUAGUCUUUCUCAAUCCAGACAGCAAGCAGGGUGUAAAGACGAUGAGGAACCGUUUGCUGCCAGGGUCUAAUCGCAGCUCCCGCAAACUGUACGAACAGGCUGUAAAACUGAGGAAGACCAGCUCACACCUUUUCACUGCCACAGUUAACCUGAACUCUGCUCAUGAUGCGUGGUAUGGCAGUCUGAAAGACACAAUUCGGGAGGAGCAAAACAAAGCCGUGUGGGUGUGCGAAAGCAAACUGGAUACUGCUGAGGAGGACCUCGAUCUUUACGAUGACCGCAUGUCCUACCUGUCGGCCAUGAGCGCUGAUUACCUGAGCAUGGACAGCCGGCUGACCAGCGACUACGAUGACACAGCAGAUGAGGGAGGAGCGUACACUGAUAAUGAGCUGGAUGAGCCUACUGAUGAGCCGCUCGUAUCGGGGACCAGCCGCUCCUCAGAGCCUGUACUCCCUGAAGAGAGACCUGCCCCUGUUCCCCGCAUGAAACGGUCCACCAGCAGGGAAAUGCUUCGAGACCCCAGCCCCCCUCCCUCCUUUGUCCCAGACCCUCCCAAGAACCGGGCUCAGAAUCGGGCCUCUGAUUCACACUCCAGUAGCACAUUAAGCAGCGAUGUACCCACCAGCCACAGGCCCGCUCCUCCACCUGUAGCUCAGAAGCCAAGUUUUCUGGGCCGAGGAGCCCAAGCCCAGGAGCCUCAAUCAGACACAGCAGAGGAUCCUGCAAACCAGUCACUGCUAGGAAAGAUCAAGGCAUUUGAGAAGAUUGACCAUCUGGCUCGAGCACAGAGGAUGCUGGAACUGCAGGAGGCUGAAUUUGCUCGGUUGGAAAUCUCUCAGCGGCAUCCAGACAUUUAUGCUGUUCCUGAUAAACCAAAACCCAAUCCACACAGACCCACACCUAUUGGGUCCAGCUCAAACUCGGAUGGUCGUCCUCCUUACCGCGCUGGUGCUGCUGACAACGCUGAAACUCGGCGAGGCCACUACAACCCCCAAAAAUACAAUGACACUGAACUGUAGUCCCAUUUCCAAUUAAUUAUGGUUAAGUAUUACCUGCUGUGUGUGUUGCACAACUGAUGAUUGUGUUAAAUCCCUGUGCAUUCAAAUGAACAGUUUUCACCUGCAGGACUGUGAUCAGUAUUGCAAGGGCUCAAACUCAUUAACAGAUAUUUUGCUAACAAUUAAAAUAAAGCACUCCUCAUAUUAGGGAUGCACAUUUAUAGUUUUAAUAACACAACACUAUUAGAGCUCUUGAGUAAUAACCAAUAAUUAUACUGAUCCAAUACAGAUAUUACUGAUUGUUUAAUUACUCAAUUCUCUGCAAGCAUGAUGUACAAACACCAAUCCAAAACAGCAAUAAUGAACACUGAUGUAUGUUUUUAAGAUACAUAUCUGUAUGUGAAACUGAAAGACUUUUAAAUGUUGUCUUGAGCGUUUUGUUACACCAUGGAAAACAUAUUUUAUUCAUUUGCAGCAUUUGUAUAGUUUCCUUUCUUCAGAAUGUAUUCACUAAGUUGACAUUAUUAUGUACACCAAGCUCUACCUGCACUUACUGGCCAUUAUAUAAGGUACACCUACCAUACAGAUGAUUUUUAGGUACAUAAAUUCUGGAUAGUAUUGAUGAUUAGAAAACCCCUCAGAACUAAUGCUGAUUCUAUAUUAUUUAAUUGGUGGCCCAUUAGCAAAGCAAUAACACUGAAAUGGUCAUGGCUUCAUAACAUAAAAAAAAAAAUCACUAUUUUCUGUUCACUUAGACAUAGGGAAAAUUAUUAAGUCAAUGACUUUUAAACCAAACUAAAUACAGUACUAUGUCCUUAACCGUAUCAGAGCAGUGUUCACAGCAUUUGUGUUGAUGUGCAAAUUCAGCAUCACAGAAUCAGGGAUCAGCUACAAAAAAUGUGACUUGCCAGAUUUUACAUUUACAUUUUCAGUCUAUUAUACAGUCUAAGCAAUUAAGGGUUAAGGGCCUUGCUCAAGGGCCCAACAGUGGCAACCUGGCAGUGGUGGGGUUUGAACCAGUUGCUUACUAGUCCAGUACCUUAACUGCUAGGCUACAACUGCCCCUUUUACAACUGCCCAGAGUCCGCAAAACAAUUUAAAGAGGAUGUAAUUUGUUUACUUCUAUGUGAAUGCAGUGGUAUAUCGUUAUGUGCAGUUUAAAACAUAAUUGAAAGCCAUUAAAGAUUUUAAGCCUGACCUGACAAAAAGAGCAGUGAGUGUAAAUACAUGCUAGGUGUAUGUUGAACAUUAAACUGUGUGUGUAUAUAAUCUUCUCAGUAAGUGAAUGGUGGCUUAAACUAUGCAUACAGGAAUUAAACAUGGCCAAUCAUGUCUGUGUAGACACCUGGCAGGCUGAUAACACCGCUGAGAUUUAAACUCUUAUUGUAUUAAUACUUUUAUACUCUAUAUACAUGUAUCUUUUAUUAAUAAUUGCAUUUGUAUGCAAUAUGUAUUGCUUAUGAUUGAGGUCCGUGCUAUUUCUACCUGUUUAUAAUUGCUAUGUGAAUGUGGAUAUGUACAAAAUCAAUGUUUGUAACUAAGAUUAAAUAAAUAAACCAAACACAAAA